AUGAAAUACGGUCCUUAUCUGCAUGCAACCCCAUGGAAAUCAUCUAAGGCACUAAAGCAGCCGAAAAACUCAUCACCCCCACCACUCCAGAUGGAGGAGGAGGCGUGUGAAACCCACUCAAUUCAAGCAAGUGGACCCAGCAAAUUCUUAGAUACACUACCUGAUCCGAGAUCAUGCGUCGUGCUCACACCUCUGUCACCAAUAGACUCUGCAAAUGCUCCACGUGGCAAAGCAAGAAUGGAUUCGAACGCAACUAACUCGGAGGAAAUGCUUUCAGCCAUUGUGGUACAAACCACACCACAAAACCCUAAUUCAUCCCACCCAACAAGUAUACAAAUGAACCCAAUCCUUGACCCAAGUAUAGACUUUGUAAAUAGGCUGUCCCUGAAACGCAACCGUUUUGAAGAUCCAGAAGUGAGAAGACACUCAAAAGUGCGUAGGCAAGAAGAUGGAUCACUCAUGAUCCUCCCUCAUUCAGGAUCUGUGAGUCAUCGAGAGCAUGAGAGAAACACCUCCCCACAUGCUGACACUAGCAUCGACCCAGAAAAUGGCUUGUGCUUGCAUUUCCCUACCAACACUGAACAACAUUGCUUUAGUAACCAAAGGACUUAUCGACGAUUCACAACAAGGAAAACAGUCAGAGGCGUUGUUGAAUGCCCAACAAAAGACCUUCAGGAACUUAAGUUUGAAGUCUCAGAGGAGAUAUCAAUGGCUGAGGAGGCGGGCCUUACCAUGCCCCCAACCCAGUUAUGA